AUGAUGGGAGCCACCAGCAACAGCUCCACAGAUGCCUUCAUUCUGCUGGGUGUAUCUGACCACCCGCAACUGGAGAUCAUUUUCUUUGUAGUCAUCCUCAUCUCUUACUUGAUGACCCUCGUUGGGAAUGCCACCAUCAUCCUGCUUUCCCACCUAGAUGCCCGGCUUCACACACCCAUGUAUUUCUUCCUCAGCAACCUCUCCUCCCUGGACCUCGCCUUUACGACCAGCUCGGUCCCCCAGAUGCUAAUCAACUUAUGGGGCCCAGACAAGACGAUUAGCUAUGGUGGCUGUGUGACCCAACUCUAUGUUUUCCUUUGGCUCGGGGCUACUGAAUGCAUCCUGCUGGUGGUGAUGGCCUUUGACCGCUAUGUGGCAGUUUGUCGGCCCCUGCACUACACCACCAUCAUGAACCCUCGACUCUGCUGGCUGCUGGCUGCCAUUGCCUGGUUGGGUGGCUUGGGCAACUCGGUGAUCCAGUCCACAUUCACUCUGCAGCUCCCAUUGUGUGGGCACCGGAAAGUGGACAACUUCCUGUGUGAGGUGCCCGCCAUGAUCAAACUGGCCUGUGGAGACACCAGUCUCAAUGAGGCUGUGCUCAACGGAGUCUGUACUUUCUUCACUGUUGUGCCUCUUAGCAUCAUCUUGAUCUCCUACUGCUACAUUGCCCAGGCAGUGCUGAAGAUCAGCUCAGCAGAAGGACGGAGAAAGGCAUUUAAUACGUGCUUCUCCCACCUGGUGGUGGUGUGCCUCUUCUAUGGCUCAGCUAUCUAUGCGUACCUUCUUCCAGCGAAGACCAGCAACCAGGACCAGGGAAAGUUCAUUUCCCUUUUCUACUCUGUGGUCACACCCAUGGUCAAUCCUCUCAUCUACACUCUACGGAACAAGGAGGUGAAGGGGGCACUGAGAAGGCUGCUGGGCAAAGGAAGGGAAGUGGGCUGA